AUGAUCCAUCAAAAAUAUCCUAAUUUAUCUAUAACAACUUCAAUUGGUAAAAAAGUCAAUUAUCUUGAUGCUCAAAUAAGUCAAAUUAAUGGUCAACUUCGAACUACAAUUAAUCAUGAUCAAGAUAUUGAACCACGUGCAUUAUCUUUUAUAUCAGAUCAUCCACCUGUAAUGUAUUCAACAUUAAUUCAAGCAUGUCGUAUUCGUGCUGCAUUACUUUGCUCGAAAGAAUCUCAUUUUCACAAUGAACGUCGUGAUAUUCAAGUGAUAUUUGUACAGAAUGGUUAUUCAAUCGAAUUUAUUAGAGAACAUGUUGAACAAUUCUUCCAAGACUUUCAUGUUUCCAAUUGA